AUGAAUCGAUUGAUUGCACCCGCACUAGCCACUGUCUGCGGUAUUGCUACCGCAUUUGCAGCAUUCCAACCAGAGCUCCAGAAACAAGCAGCAGAAAGAGAAGGACAGAAUGUCCAAGAGUUUCAGCAACAACACGAUGUCAACAACGACAAGUCUAUUGGAGCAGAAGUAAAGCAGCACCUUCAAGACGCAAAGGAAGAAGCCGUGUCAACGAUACAACAUGCACAACAGACUGCAAAGACAGAAGUAGCGCCCAAGAAGGCUUGGUGGGGUCUAGGGAUGUUUGGAGCUAGUCAAGGAGGAGAGGAGAGUCCAAGAGAGAAUGGCAAGACGAAUUGA